AUGAAUUGCCACUUCUCACCGAGUUACUCGGACGUGCCACGACCACGUACUACCACAAGUGAUACACCAUCUGUACAUGGUUUUGAGUUUGAGGCAUUGAAGAAUGAGGUUGUAAAUGUUCGUGAAGAUUUGAAACUAUUUCAGAAGAAGGUAGAGGAUGAUUUUAAACAGUUGAAGCAACACUUGGAUAAAUCAAUAUUGGACAUACUUACAGAGAUCAAGUCCUUACAUGGCAGGCAGACGGAAAAUAAUGAAUAUGAGGGUACUGGAGGUGUUAAGGUUGUAGAUGGAAAAAGAACCUAUAGUGGUGACCAGAAUGACAAGUAUCAUGACAUACAAGCUGAGGUUGAUGAACAAGCGGCUAAGGGUGCGGUUGGUGGGCAUGAUGGAAGUGUGCCAAUAUCUGGUCAAGCUGCAGCAUAUUUGAAGACCCAAAGUAAUCCUUUAAUUUCAACUGGUAUGCAUGCUGGAAUUGGUGAAGCAUGUGAUAAUGAUCGAGAUGAUCUAGAAGCAUUGAAGAGUCUACAUGAUCAAGAAGAAUUGAAGAUUCAAGUUGGUGUGCAUGAUGGGUUUGAUGGAGCGGGUGAUAAUUGUCUAUUUCAUCAAGAAGUCUCAAUGAUUCAUACUGAACAUGUUCCUAAUUUAGAUACUUCUUUAGAUGAUGUGGUUGUUGGUAUUGAUAAAAUGGGUAGUUUCUGCAAUUCUGUUUCCAAAACCCCUACUCUAGAUGACAUUGAAUUGCCUGCAUAUAGCGAGACCCAGAUUGUUGCGAUUGAAAACAGUUACUAUUCUAACAAUGUCACUCCUGAACAACAGCCAAGACUCAGAAAGACUUGAAAAUACAAAUCAUCUCUGUAUGCUGGUUUUAGUUCAGCUGGCAGCAGCUCUGAUAAAUCACCUAUAUAUUUCAACAUAAAACAUCCUUUUGCAAAUUACAAUGGAUUCGAAGUUGAUGAUGCACUGCUCAAUGAAUUUACAUCUUGGGUAUAUGCUAAAGUCUCUAAACGGAAGAACAGAAUUUCAGCAUACACUUUAAAGGACAACAAGAUUGUCAAUCCUUAUGAUUUGGGAGUUAAGAAAGUUGACAAAAUGGAGUGGUUCUACAAUGUCAUUCAAACUGGGAAAGCGUGGGAAGACUCGCAUGUUGAUGUCAUUAUGUAUUACUUGAGGAAAAAAGCAAAGUAUGGUCCAAAUAACCCAGUGAGAUACACAACAACAGAUUGUUUUUUCAUAAAGUGGGUUGAGGCUAUCCACAAGCAGUACAAGGAAUACAAAAAUGAUAAGCGUUUUAUUACUGCUGAUCAUAAUGUGGCAAAAAUUAUUCGUGGGUUUAAACUGAUUGCAAAUAUUGCUUGGGAUAGAGUUGAUAAUGUGCUCAUCCCGGUCAAUAUAAGCGAAGAAUACCAUUGGGUGUUGGUUGUUUUAUGUAUGAAAAGAAGGUGUCUCUACGUAUAUGAUUCAUUCCGGGUGGGGGGCUAUGCAUACUAAUUCAAUUCGAGAAGUUGUUGAAAGGCUGGCCACCAUGAUACCUCUCUUUUUCAAUUGCACUGGAUUUUAUGGGAAAAGGAAUGACAUAAAUCGGAUAAUCGAACCAAAGAUAUGUGGGGAAGAGCUUUGAUGAUCCUUUGGAAUAUGUCUUUGUGGAUCAUUUGCCAGAACAACAUCCAGAGUCUAAGUAUGUAUCUCUACUUUAUAUAAUGUUUUUAACAUAUUAUAAUAGUGUUCAUACAUAUUAAAUAUUAACUGUUUCAUUAUGUUUGUGAUUAUUUACAGUGAUUGUGGGUUAUACACAUGUGCAUUUGCUGAAUAUAUCAGCCAAGGUGUAUUUGAAAUUUCUGAAGAAGAUUUUGAUGCCGCUCUUCAUCGUCGGAGGUAUGGUGCCCUGCUGUGGGAUUAUGCAAGA